AUGGAUGUAGGGGAGAGUGGAGAGGAUUGGUCAUUGAUCACGCAUAGCUUGUUCAUCAACUACACAUUGCAACUCGUCCCGAUCGUGAUUCUAUACUACGACUACUUCCUGGCGCUGAGCGACGAGAUUGCAAACUACUGGCCUCCGCGCCGCCCAAUCACUUGGCUUUCAGGUGUAUUCCUGGCGACACGCUACUUGGCAUUGUUCGGCUAUGUUCCCGUCUUUGUCUCCAUGAUCUGGGGAUUUGAAUCUGCGAACUUUCAUUUCUUCCUCGAAGUAGCCCUUCAAGUCCCUGUCGGCUAUCUUUGCGCUCUGCGAGUGUAUGCUCUGUACUCCAAGGACCGCCGAGUUCUGACGGGUGUGGUCGUAUUCGGUCUUGCUUGCCUAGUGGUAGCGGGGUACUUGGCUUCAUCUCUUCAUGAUCAGGUUCCGAACUUCUACUGGUCGGUUACCCCUCUAUGCGCCACUGCACGGAGUACUUUCGACGGCCACCGCCUUGCACUCGCCUGGUCGGCGUUGCUUCUAUACGACAUCCUUAUCUUUCUGCUCACAGCGACCCGCGCCUUCCAAGUUUGGACAGCAGGUCGCAUUGUGCAGGUCGUCCUUAGAGAUGGCGUGAUGUAUUUCUGUGCCCUGGCGGCCGUCAACCUUGUGAACAUCGUGACGCUCUUGACUGCGACACCACUACUCAAGACGACAUUUGCCUCUCUCACGAACGUGCUAUCUGUCGUCCUCAUCUCACGACUCAUGCUCAACAUCCGUUCGGACGCGACUCCCGAAGCAAUCACCGAAGAUACAGAGCUCUCGACUACGCGCUUCGAUCUUGACAGCGUCAUUGUAACACAGCCGGAAGAGCCCCAAUGCAUCAAUCGUCCGAGGGAACGCUUUGCUCGUGAGAGGACUGUGCGAUUUGAGGAUGCCAUAUUCGCUUCGUCUUCAAGUACAGACCCAAUAGAUAACGACUCUCGGCAUGGGAUCGCAUGA